CUGCGUUGGCUGCGUUUGAGGUAGAGGCUGUGGUUAGGCCUGACCGGCAGUCGCAAUCGCUCCUCCUAGGUCGUCUCAGGUCACGCCUUGCGAGAGGGGAGUGUCCACGAGUGCUUCUGAGCAGCAAAACGGAUCGAAAUCGUCUGCUCGAUCUCUGUUCGCUAAGUGUGAAGAAAUUUCAGCUGUCAGCUCGCAACUUGUACGGUCGACCAUUCUCGGCAUGUCGAGCGGUCGCUCCCAGCUUCCCACAGUCGCUGAGAACUCGGCCGCUCAGGUUGUAACGACAUCUGGCGGAAGUCGGAGGUUCUCAAGGCCCCAUCAAGGCGAGGAUGUGCAUAUCGGCAACUACAAGUUGAUCAAGACGAUUGGCAAAGGAAACUUUGCCAAAGUGAAGCUGGCCAAGCACAAGCUCACCGGAGUGGAUGUCGCCAUAAAGAUUAUUGACAAAACUCAGUUGAGUCCAAGCAGCCUUCAAAAGGUGAUUCGAGAGGUUCGAAUAAUGAAGAUGCUAGAUCAUCCUAAUAUUGUCAAGCUGUUUGAAGUCAUUGAAACUGAUAGAACACUAUAUCUUGCAAUGGAGUAUGCUAGUGGAGGUGAGGUAUUUGAUUAUCUGGUAGCACACGGCAGAAUGAAGGAGAAAGAAGCGAGAUCGAAGUUUCGACAGAUUGUAUCUGCUGUUCAAUACUGUCAUCAAAAGCAAAUUAUUCAUAGAGAUUUAAAAGCAGAGAAUUUGCUUCUUGAUGGGGAAAUGAAUAUCAAGAUUGCUGACUUUGGAUUUAGCAAUGAAUUCACACUUGGCAACAAGCUGGACACAUUUUGUGGCAGUCCACCUUAUGCUGCACCUGAACUAUUUCAGGGAAAGAAAUAUGAUGGACCUGAGGUUGAUGUGUGGAGCUUGGGUGUUAUUCUUUACACUCUUGUCAGUGGCAGUUUGCCAUUUGAUGGGCAAAACUUGAAGGAACUGAAAGAGCGAGUACUUAGAGGAAAAUAUAGAAUACCAUUCUACAUGUCAACUGAUUGUGAAAAUCUACUGAAGAAGUUUCUAGUUCUGAACCCUGCCAAGCGGCAUGAGCUAGAAACAAUAAUGCAUGAUCGAUGGAUGAAUAUUGGUUAUGAUGAUGAUGACAAGCUUAGACCAUUUCUGGAGCCUGAACCAGAUAUCAAUGACCAAAGCAGACUAGAGGCUAUGGUGAAGUUUGGAUAUUCUCUUACAACCGUCAAAGAUCGACUUCAGGCAAAUGACUAUGAUGAUUUAAUGGCGACAUACCUGCUGUUGGGUCGUGUAGGGAAAAAGCCUAAUGAACUAAAUGAUCAAAUUGUGUCUUCACAAGGCAAGUCAGUGAAUGAAGUAGCAUCCGUAAGUUCUACCAGAGCAACAUCUGGGGACUCAACUGCUGCUGUUUCUACUUCUGGAGCGGAACGUUCAUCAGCACGAACCUCAACGUCACUACCAUGGACUGAUCAUCGAUCCCGUUCUUCACCACCACCAGUUGCAACACAAGACACCAGUGAUAAUGCAGUUCUUUCUGCUUCAAACCCUAACAGAGCUGAAAUACCUAUUCAGAGAAAGCCUAGAGCUCGAAGUGCAAUGGAAAGAAGAAAUACUGUUUCAUACUCUCGAAGUCCAGCACUUGACCUUUUUGGUGACUCUGUUGUAGAUCGGAGGAAAAGUCAUCAUCAGUUUAAGUCCGGUGCAACCAGAGAUAGUGGUCCAUCAGAUCGCCUUCCUUCUAUUGACCACUCUCACAACUUUCCUCGUUCUGGACACGGGCGGCAUUCUACUGCUGGCAUAGAGGGAGCUACAGGCUUUCGUCCACGAAAUAGUGUCCAGCGCAGCACCUUCCACGCCGGACAAACUAGGGAACGCAUUCGGCCAUUGCAGCAAGCGAACGGUGGUCUACCUCACGACAGUGGUUCAUUGGCUGCACAGAGAUCACUUUUCUCAAAGCUGACAUCAAAGUUUGGCCGAAGGUCAGUCGAUCAUGAUGUGAAACCGCGUUCAUUACGGUUUACCUGGAACAUGAAAACAACGAGCUCUCUUGAUCCCAACGAGAUCAUGCAGCGAAUCAGAAAUGCACUUGAUGCCAAUGGAUGUGACUAUGAGCAGCGAGAGAAAUAUUUGUUGCUAUGUGAACAGAAGGAAUUCGAUGAUGAAGCAAUACAAUUUGAGAUGGAAGUUUGCCGCUUGCCUCGACUCGCUCUUCAUGGUGUUCGCUUCAAGAGAAUUACAGGCAGCGCAACACAGUACAAGGACAUUGCAUCAAAACUUAGUAAUGAUCUGAAAGUCUAGUUUGGUAAUGAGGAGAUAUUUUAGGUCUUUGAUGGGAGUAGGAGUUUCCAUUUGUAUUUUGCUUCCAAAGUUUUCCCACUGUAUUUGAGCUUUUUAACUGUGGCCUCUAGCUGGCUGUCUUCAAGUAGUUCAGAAUUGUAAAUAAGGUAUUCUAUUAUCAAGAGCUGUUGCCUAAUCGUUGUAUUAUUGUUAUAUAUUGGACUUGCUCGGCUUUCACUUUUCUUAGAAGUACUUUGUACAAGUACACAAAUAGUAGAUUUCUGACUGCUUCAA